AUGGUUAUUAUAAGUAGUGGGGAGGUGGAGUGUUGGUUGAUAAUGCCCGCGCGGCAUCCUCUCGCCACCCCGCGCGCACUCUUCUCGCCUCCCCGCGCGCGCUCCUCUUGCCUCCCCGCGCGACCUCCUCUCACCAUCCCGCGCGUGCUCCUCUCGCCUCCCCUCGCGUGCUCCUCUCGCCUUCAUAGCGCGCGAAUCUCUUGCCUCCCCGCGCGUCCUUCUCUCGCCUGCCCCACGCGUGCUUCUCUCGCCUCCCCGCGCGUGCUCCUCUCGCCUCCCCUCGCGUGCUCCUCGACCCCCCCCGCGCGCGCGGCUCUUGCCUCCCCGCGCAUCCUCCUCUCGCCUCACCUUGCGUGCUCCACUCGCCUCCCCGCGUGUGCUCCUCUCUCCUCAUCUUUCGGCGUGACCGCGCCACCGCGCGCGUGCGCCUCUCUCCAUGCCUUGCGUAAUCUAUCUCCUCCCCGCGCGUGCUCCUCUCUUCUCACGUUGCUUCUCUCGCCUUUCCAUGCGUGCUCCUCUCUCCUCACCCUAUGUGCUCCUCUCGCCUCCCCGCGCGUGCUCCUCUCUCCUCACCUUGCGUGCUCCUCUUGCCUCCCUGCGAGUGCUCCUCACCCUCUCCCCCUAUCCAUCCUGAAACGGGCCCUGACGUUUCCUCACUCAGGAAGCCCGUGCACACACCCACGUUUCUCCUCCCUGCGCGCCCUCCUUUCUCGUAAGCCCGCGCGCCAUCCUCUCGCCUCCCGCGUGCGCUCUUCUCGCCUCCUGCGCGGCAUCCUAUCGCCGCCCCGCGCGCACUCCUCUUGCCUCCCCGCGCGCCCUCCAUUCACCCUGCGUGCUCCUCUCUCCACACCUUGCGAAGCUCCUCUCUCCUCACCUUGCGUGCUCCUCUCGCCUAACCUCCCGUGCUCCACUCUGACAUUUACUGGGUGGGGUGCUCCUCUCUCCUCACCUCCCGUGCUCCACUCUGACAUUUACUGGGUGCUCCUCUCUCCUCACCUCCCGUGCUCCACUCUGACAGGGCAGGGUGCUCCUCUCUCCUCACCUCCCUUGCUCCACUCUGACAGGUGGGGUGCUCCUCUCUCCUCACCUCCCGUGCUCCACUCUGACAGGGCAGGGUGCUCCUCUCUCCUCACCUCCCGUGCUCCACUCUGA